CAGUGGUGACUGGUAGAUAAUUGAUAGAAGAACCUUUUCUUUAUUGGCUUUUUUGUUGUGUGUGCACAACACAAGUGCUGCACCUCCCUCCUUUCCUUCACUUUGAACAACACCACCAACAAAGGCGAGUGUGUUUUGUGUGCGUGUGUGAAAGUGUGUCUUUCACACGGCGGGAAACUGAAUUAUUUGGACGAAUAACCCCUCUCCCUCCAAACCAAACACACGCACACACACCACCCCUCUCCUUUCUAGUUCUCUCUCGAAAACCCUAACUCAAUAUAACAUUUCAUAUUCUUCUUCCGAUUCCGCUAUUCUCAUUUCUCAAACAUGACAGCAGCGUUCCAAGAAGGCGGCGGCGGCGGUGGCGGUGGUGGUGACGAUGACGCCACCAUCGACGUGCAUACCACGCGCGGCACUCCCAUCCGCUACCUUCCCCUCGACCACCUCUACUCCGCCACCUCUCCCUGCCGCGUCACCGCCAGCGGCUCCUCCAACGUCAUGUCGAAGAAAAUCAAAGCUCGCAAACUCACCCUAACGCAUAACAACCAUUUUAACAACCACGACCAGAAGAAAACGGCGCCAUCUUCUUCUUCGUCCCUGACCCUUCCUCCCAAGCCCCCUCUCCUCUUCGUCUACUCGCGGCGCCGGCGCAAGAGGCAUUCCCCUUCCGCGACGGCGUCGUUUGCCGACGGCGCGGAGAACGACGAGAGCGAGAGGAGGUUGCUGAAGAAGAGGAAAAUUGGGAGCACUGAGUUGGAGAGGCUGGGUGUGGAUUUGAAUACUGCGAUUGGGGAUGUUGACGGGCCCAGAUUGAGGGAAUGCAGAAAUCAAUUUGGGAAUUCCGGUGCUGCUGGGAAUGCUAAGUGUGGUUCCUUGGAGAAUUUGCCCAAAAUGUUGCCCGAAUCUCGCAAUGUGAAGAAAUGGGUCGGGUUGACUUUUGAUAAUGCUGAUCCUGAGGCGUUUGUUGGAUUACGAUGCAAGGUUUACUGGCCCAUGGAUUUAAAAGCAUACAUUGGCUAUGUCAGAAGUUAUGAUAAGGAAACUAAGAUACAUCAUGUCAAGUAUGAUGAUGGUGAUGAGGAAAGUUUAAUUCUUGCAAAUGAAAAUAUAAGAUUCCAUGUUUCCCGCGAUGAGAUGAAACAUUUAAAAUUGAAUUUUGCCAAAGUUCGUGACAAUAAUGUCUCUGAUUAUGAUGUUGAAGAGAUGCUUGCAUUGGCUGCUAGUUUGGAUGAUUGUCAAGACUUUGAGCCUGGGGAUAUCAUAUGGGCCAAGCUAACAGGCCAUGCAAUGUGGCCAGCUGUUGUUCUGGAUGAAUCACUUGCUAGCAACUGUAAGGGUUUAAAGAUGUUUUUGGGAGGAAGAUCAGUUCCUGUCCAAUUUUUUGGCACCCAUGACUUUGCAAGGGUUAGACUGCAACAGGUGAAAUCAUUUCUCAGUGGACUUCUUACUGAUCUACACUCAAAAUGCAAGAAACAUAGUUUUAUUGAAGGUUUAGAAGAGGCAAAAAGAUAUUUAAGUGAACAGAAGCUUCCAUCAGAGAUGCUAGAGUUGCGGAAAAGAUGUACAGCUGAUGACUGUAACAACAUAAGUGGAGAGGAUGGAGGAUGUACAGAUUCAGGUGAUGAUUGUUUAAAUGACAAUGGGACUUUGACGGCUCUGGAAACCAUUGAAACUUUUCCAUAUGAAGUAGGAGACCUCCAAAUUCUAAGCCUUGGAAAAAUAGUUGAAGAUUCUGCUUUCCGGGAUGGAAGAUUCAUCUGGCCUGAAGGGUACACAGCAGUGAGGAAGUUUACUUCAGUUACUGACCCUAAAGUUUCUGCACCUUAUAAGAUGGAGGUGUUGAGAGAUCCAGAAUCCAAAGUUCGUCCUCUGUUUAGAGUGACAGUUGAAGGUGGUGAGCAGUUCAAUGGUUAUACACCAUCUGCUUGCUGGAAUGAGGUAUACGAAAAGAUAAAGAAAAUGGAAAAGGAUGCUUCUGAAGGUACUGUUGCUGGUGGGGAAGAAAAGAGCUACGAAUCUGGGUCUGAUAUGUUUGGUUUCUCCAAUCCUAAAGUACUUAAACUUAUACAGGGAUUGUCUAAAUCCAAAAUCUCUUCAAAGAACUCAACUUGCAAGUUAGGUUCCAGAAGAUAUAAUAAUAACUUGCCUCUUGGUUAUAGACAAGUUCAUAUCAAUUGGUUUGACCUCGAUAAGUGCAAUGUGUGCCACAUGGAUGAGGAGUAUGAAAACAAUCUGUUUCUGCAGUGUGACAAAUGCAGAAUGAUGGUCCAUGCUAGAUGCUAUGGGGAACUUGAACCUGUUAAUGGGGUGCUAUGGUUAUGUAACUUAUGUCGUUCGGGUGCUCCUCCUCCACCUUGCUGCUUAUGUCCACUCAUAGGUGGUGCAAUGAAGCCUACUACAGAUGGCCGGUGGGCUCAUUUGGCUUGUGCCAUGUGGAUACCUGAAACUUGCUUAGCUGAUGUAAAGAGAAUGGAGCCUAUUGAUGGUUUGAGUAGAAUCAGUAAGGACCGCUGGAAGUUGUUAUGCAGCAUAUGCGGUGUAUCUUAUGGUGCCUGCAUCCAAUGUUCAAAUAAUUCUUGUCGAGUAGCAUACCAUCCACUCUGUGCACGUGCUGCUGGUCUCUGUGUUGAGCUUGAGAAUGAGGACAGACUGUAUCUCCUUUCUGUUGAUGAUGAUGAAGAUCAGUGCAUACGCUUGCUUUCUUUCUGCAAGAAACAUAGGCAACCAUCUAAUGAGCCUUCUGUUGCUGAUGAACGUAUGGUCCGAGUUGCUGGUCUAUGUUCAGACUAUGAACCACCGCCCAAUCUGUCUGGUUGUGCUCGAAGUGAGCCAUAUGAUUACUUUGGCAGGAGAGGUCGAAAAGAACCUGAAGCACUUGCAGCUGCAUCGUUGAAACGUUUGUUUGUGGAGAAUCAACCUUACUUAGUAGGUGGAUACUGUCAGCAUGGUUCACUAAACAACCUAGAGCCUUCUGGCAGAGGAGUCUGCUCUAAAUUCUUUUGUAGCCAACAAAGGCUGAGAACCUCUCUGGUUGACACAUCAAACAGCAUACUUUCUAUCUCUGAAAAAUAUACGUACAUGAGGGAAACCUUUCGGAAACGACUGGCAUUUGGGAAAUCAAGAAUUCAUGGAUUUGGCAUCUUUGCAAAGCAUGCAUAUAAAGGUGGAGACAUGGUGAUUGAAUACACUGGUGAACUUGUUAGACCACCUAUAGCUGACCGGAGAGAGCACUUCAUAUACAAUUCGUUGGUGGGUGCUGGAACAUAUAUGUUUCGUAUUGAUGAUGAACGAGUCAUUGAUGCUACUAGAGCAGGAAGCAUUGCUCAUUUGAUUAAUCAUUCUUGUGCACCAAAUUGCUAUUCCAGAGUUAUAAGUGUUAAUGGCGAUGAACAUAUUAUAAUAUUUGCGAAGAGGGACAUUAAACAGUGGGAAGAGCUUACAUAUGAUUACAGAUUUUUCUCAAUUGAUGAACGACUUGCUUGUUACUGUGGCUUCCCAAAGUGCCGAGGUAUUGUAAAUGAUACUGAGGCAGAAGAACGAGCAGCUACCCUAUAUGCACCACGAAGCGAAUUAAUAGAUUGGAGAGGAGAAUGAGAUUUUUUACUGUAAUAUUAUGCGUUUAAGUUCCUUCUGAAGAUGAAUUGUUUGUCCAACAACUUCUCUCAUGGAUUGUACCAUUUCCUUGAAAGGACAGUGUUGUACAUAGUACAUCUGAUUCUUCCCAUUGUUUUCGUCAUAACCCCAGCUGAGCGGUAUAUGUUGGCGGCUCAAGGCGAUUUCCAUUGGUGUUCUGGUUAUAAUGAAGGGAAAGAUGUCACCAAACUUUUUACAAAUGUUUCAUUUGAAAUUCAUGGCCACAAUUACGGCCCGUUUAACUUCAAGAAACUUGCUGAGAUAUUGUAACUUGUCAUUGGAUAGGUACAGUUGUAAUUACAUCAAACCUUCAUAAAAAUGAAAAGAAAUCGAGAAUUCGAAUGGAAGUACUUGCCGAUUGUGUCAUUGCCUCCGGAGUUUAGGUAUGAUAAAUGUGCAUAUAUAACUAGCUUGAGUAGUCAUGAUAGAAGUUAAUACUAUGCAAACGAAAAAUGUCAAUACUUUUGGCUAUACGGAACUCAAUACACAAUUUAUCUUAAUCAGUAAAUGUUAGUUGUUACUAUUA